GGGCACUGACUCGGAGUGGGCGGUGCCUAUGGGGAGGGCCUGAGCGUCUUUAGCACUGCGGCGCGGUCCGGAGGAGGUCCCAACCUGGCUUGGCGGGUGGGGAGUGUGGCUCGUAACCUGACAGCCGCAAAGAGAGAGAAGAUUAUAAAUGCCAGAGCCAUUUCACUGAUGGUUAGCUAUUGAAUUCUGACACGUCCUUAAAUACCUUCUUGCAUGUUUUCACUGGAAAGGGUUCAGGAAAAAUAGCAGAGGGGAGGAAAGACAACAUUUAUAUGCACCAUGGCUAUACCAAUAACAGUGCUUGACUGUGAUCUCUUGCUGUAUGGCCGAGGUCACCGGACAUUGGACCGCUUUAAGCUGGAUGAUGUGACUGAUGAAUAUUUGAUGUCCAUGUAUGGGUUUCCUCGACAGUUCAUUUAUCACUUGGUGGAGCUCUUGGGGGCAAGUCUUUCCAGACCUACUCAGAGAUCCAGGGCUAUUAGCCCAGAGACACAGAUCCUUGCAGCACUGGGCUUCUAUACCUCAGGUUCCUUCCAGACUCGGAUGGGAGAUGCUAUCGGAAUCAGUCAGGCAUCUAUGAGUCGAUGUGUUGCCAAUGUCACCGAAGCACUCGUGGAAAGAGCCUCGCAGUUCAUUCGCUUUCCAGCUGAUGAAGCCUCCCUGCAGGCUCUGAAGGAUGAAUUCUAUGGGUUGGCAGGGAUGCCAGGGGUGUUAGGAGUGGUUGACUGUAUCCAUGUGGCAAUUAAGGCACCAAAUGCUGAAGACCUCUCCUAUGUGAACCGCAAAGGUCUGCAUUCUUUAAACUGCCUGAUGGUAUGUGAUAUCCGAGGGACACUAAUGACUGUGGAGACCAGCAGGCCAGGUAGCCUACAGGACUAUGCUGUGCUGCGGCAGUCUUCUCUCAGUAGUCAGUUUGAAGCCAGAAUGCACAAAGAUAGCUGGCUGCUUGGUGACAGUUCAUUCUUUCUCCAUACCUGGCUCAUGACCCCACUUCACAUUCCUGAAACUCCAGCCGAAUAUCGCUAUAAUAUGGCCCAUUCUGCAACUCACAGUGUGAUUGAGAAGACUUUCCGCACCCUCUGCUCCCGAUUCCGCUGCCUGGAUGGAUCCAAGGGUGCAUUGCAGUACUCACCGGAGAAGUCCAGCCACAUCAUCUUGGCUUGCUGUGUCCUCCACAACAUCUCCCUGGAGCAUGGGAUGGAUGUUUGGUCCUCUCCAAUGACAGGACGCCUUGAACAGCCUACUGAGGAAGAGUAUGAACAUAUGGAGUCCCUGGACCUAGAGGCUGACCGUAUCCGUCAGGAGCUGAUGCUUACUCAUUUUAGCUAAUGUGAAAGGUGGGGAAGAGAGAAACUUUCCAUAGUUGUAAUAACUUUCAUCCUCACCACCUCCUACACAGUUCCAUCAUCUAACAUGACUAAGUGUGUGGACACUUGUCACAAAUUGACAUUUAAUCUGCGUGUUUUAGAAGGGAUGGGGCUAUGCCAGGAUAUCUUGAUUCUUUUGCAAAUUUACCAACUAAACCAAAACCAAGACAACAGUUCCCAGCUAUCCACUGGACUCCAGGUUGAGUACCACUUGUUUAAAAGCUCACUGGUUGUAGACAUUUCUGAUUGUGCCUACAAAAUCAAAACAAAGGGGAAUAUAGAAUCUAGCCAGAAAACUUUGUUUUUGUUUCAAUUAUUUAGAGAUUUCAAAUGAAAACAGUAUUUUUCCUGAAUUAUUUGGGUGAUGUUUUAGCUUUUCUACUUUGCUUCCUAUAAAAGUCCCAUCUGAGGCAGGUGUUACAGAGUAAAUUGAAGAUAGGUAAUGGUCUUUUGACAUAAGUAAAUGGCUAUGAAUCUGAGUUUGGAGCUUUGUGUUUAUAAGAGGAUAUUAGGGGCAUUCUGAAACCUACACCUUUAUAGUCUUUCUGCAAUAAUUGGACUGUAACUUGCACCUAGUUCCUAGGGAGGACAUUUGGACUCUAAUCUCCUAUUGCCAAUCCAAAUAGGAGUUAGAGGCUAAAUGGGUUUAAGAACCCAAUCAAUGUAAAGAAGAUGAGUCAAACAUAGAUAAAAUAGCAAGCUUAUACUUUACAGGAAAUCUAAAGAUGUUGAUAGAUUGCUGCACAGAGGAGAUUGACCCAGAUUGUGACAGCUCACAUCUAAAUUACAUUUCUUGUGAUCAUGAUGUUAGAAUAUCUCUUUGGCCAUUCUGCUUUGAAAUUCCUUGUAGAAGGAAGGUUUGGGAUAAAGAAGUCAUGUGAAAGUAUUAAAAAGGAGAGGUAAAAGGAAUAUAAUUUCUUAUCUUGAAAUGAAUUUUGGAUUUAGACCUACUUGAAUAUCUUAUGUACAAAGUGAUGGACAGAAUUUCCCAGGAAAUAAAAAAUCCUCCACCAAGUUUUUCACCAAAAAAUCAUACUAGAUUAUGUGAAAAUAACCUAAUUGGAACAAUGAAAGUGUGAAUUUGGUUCAUACACUGGUACCUUUACUGGGACAGAAAAGAAUUUCUGAGGCUGUCUUAUUCCCAGUUUCUCAUCCACUCACCAUGGGAUACCUCUGAAUUGUUCUCUUGGAUCAUUUCUGACCUGACUUUGGCGUUGUUAAUCUGGUGAUUUGCAAAGUAAAGAAUUGAACAGCUGAUGAUAGAGAAAAUUUGGAAAUAAAUUGAGAGUGACUCAUCUCCAAGAGUAAAAACAAUUAUGGAUUUUUAUCUUCUGUUUAUUUCUACUCCAAAAGCUAUUUCCCCUCAUCAUCCUACUCUUUGAGCUUAAUAUGUACAAUGAUGUCUUUGAGAUGGGAGUGGACAGUGAACAAGGCAACUGGGAACUUUAGGUCUAUUCAUUGUGCAGUAGAGAUGUCCUGGUACUUUUUUUUCUUUGUAAAGUUUAACUUGUGACCCAAGCUGGUUUUGUCUCUGGCAUAAAGCAAUAUUUUAACUCUCACCAUCUUCCCAAGUUUCCUAAGAUGGCUAUUUUUUCUUUCAGUUUUGGUUUUAUUAUGCAUAUUGCAUAAGGAAAACAUAUCCUCUCAGUGCCACCCAUGUAUUAUAAGGCAAGGUUAAGUGUGAUCUUGUAAAGUGCCUAGCAUUUUAGCCUUUAAAGACCUACACUAAAGGAAAACAGGUUUUUCACAACUUAACUCACUAGAUGGUGACAUGAAUCCUGAGUGGAGGAUGGUCUUGGAGAGAUUUCAAAUGCAAUUGCAAGUCUAUUACUUGCACACCAAAGAUAAUUUCUAAGUACUGAACUGACUGAACAUUGACUGGCAGUAUUUUUUCCUAGAAGCAAUUAAUUUCACAGAGUAACUCCAAAUCUAUUCCUUGAAUUUCCUUCCAACCUAGAUUUUUACAUCCCAGGAUUUUUUUAGUCCAUGCUUACACUUCCCCAAAAUAUUCUAGGGGAGGAAUUGGGAUCUGUACUUCCAGAUUGCCAAAGGUUUGCUCAUAGGGGCUUUUAAUAAGUGCCUGAGAAGUCUUCUCCUCUUGAGAUCCUUAUUGUGAACUUUUAGUGUCUUCCCAGUACAGUUUUGAGAGAGUCAAGAAUUUUGCCUGUUUUAGGUGAAGUCCCAUUUUUCUAGAUGAUUCCAUUUGGCCAACAUAGGAGUUUUCCAGAUUUGCCUUUAGAUUUUUCAAGACAUCAAAGUCCCAGGACAUAUUAAGGAAAGACUACAAUAUUGGGUCAUCAGUUGCUUAUCAGUUCCAAGUUGUACGAAAGAGGGACCAUAAACAUUGUUAGUUAAAAAUGAACUGAACAGAGAUGGUGCUUCUUUUCUAACCCUUGGGCUGUAAUAGAUCUAUAGCAAUUUAACCUAAUUUAGGGACAAAAAACAAGACCACUUAUAAUGAAAACAUAAGUUUGGGGGAGGGGUAACACAGAUAAUAAACAUACUAUGAUUGAAUCUCCCCUGAAACAAUUAACUGAUAACUCCAAGGACUAAGCUUAGCAGUCACUUUUCCCUGGCAAUGGAGGGAAAGUUAGGACAAGAAAACAAGAAAUUAAGGAGUCUUAACUCUAGUGCAUGCACUUGUCUUUAGGGCCUAUUGCUCUCUAGAUCCCACCCAGAUUUCACCAAAUUACAGGUAUAAAAGAUCACAACUCAGAACUGAGACUUUGUUGAGAAUUGUAGUGCAGGAAGAAAGGGAAGCUGAAGCCUGGGACUCACCCCCAGUUCCCUAAAACAAAAUUUACAGGCUUUUUUAAAAAUUAAUGACUACAAUCUAAGACCCCCCUCUGUGAUAAUCAAGUAGAAGAGAUGAAAUCUUUAGAUACUAAAUAGGACCAAGGAAAGUAGUCCUUGAAAUCAGGUUAGUAAGUUUCAAAAAAAAAUUUGAAAGGAAUCUCCAUGUUUGCCCAACAAAACAUGAAGGAUUAUUCUAUUAAGACUUUAUAUAACCCUUUAUAUAUAUUGCUGUCAUUAUGGAAGGGCUGAUUUGUCAUUCUAGAAUCUUAAAAUGUUAAUAGAUUUCAAUCCAUUGAUGGAUUUCACCACUGGAUAUUUAUAAAUUCCAAAGAAGGAGGAGCCUCUUAUAGUUCUGUGACUGGUUACUUGCUGUUCUGGGAUCUUACCUUCCUUGGGCUCCUCCUGCAUCACUACACUGCUUCUACUAUUAGCAUCCAGCCCAGUGCGUAUAUUAUCCCACAGUUGCAUGGGACCAGGCUCCGAAAGAACAGAGUAGAAUUGCAACAGCAAAACAUACAACUGGCUCAUUAUUUGGCUGCUCAAAGCCUAACUCCUCUUCCUGGACUUCCUGGACUUACUUCAUAGUACUGUUCCAGGAGUUAUGCCAUCCUAAGUUCAGGUGUGGUAGAGUGUGGUAGACGUUUCUCAGAGCCCAGAACAAGAUAAGGAAAAAAAUCACAUCUCCUUUUCUUCUUUUCCCCCUUCACCCAUCAUCCCAGGCAAUUCUCCCAGGUCAGCAGGUCCCAGUUCUCUUUUCCUGGUCUUUCUAAGUUCUUCAAAUGUUAUCAACAGUGGUUAUGUCCAUUCGUAGGGUGAGAAACUGUCCCAGUAUUCCCAGAGCUGUCCUUUGCAGUUUUAGCACUGAAAGUCCUAUGUCCUGGGAUUCCUAGUCCUCAGCAAACAAGAACAUUUGGUCACCCUACCUUCAGGGGAAGCAUCUUACCUUCAAGGAGGUGCCUCCCCAAGAGAAUCCUAUUAGAAUACACUAAUCAACAAUCAAUAUAAUAAUGAGUUAUUGAGUCAACACGAAUAUACAGAUUUCAGUGGUAUAUCCCAGGGUGAUCUUCUUCCCACCUGGUUUCUUUUUUUCAGGUCUUCCAUUGUGAGGAGAUUCCUGUAAGGUUUGAAGGUUUCAACUACUGAUCUCUUGUGAUCUACUCUUCCAUCCAAAUACACUACUCCAUAAGAACAAGCAGUAGUUUAUUGUUAUACUGAAGCUUAAACUCACAUUUGAAAAGAGCAAUAUCCAUUUUUAGAUGAUGAUUUUAGUUUUAUAUUUGUAUAAUCUUAAGGAGUUUUUCUCAAAAUAAAAGUCUCCAGUUUUUGAAAAACGGAGAACUUGUAACCUUGAAAUUCUUUUCUUCAGUGUUUUCUCACUGAAAUCAAGGUUUAUAAAUAAUCUCAUAAGAUGCUUAUGCCUCACAAGCCUCACCAAGAGGGAAGCUUAUUUAAAGUGUGUAUUCAAAGAGUGAAAACUCAGCCCUGGAUGGCAGCAAAGUCUAUUUGCCUGCUCCUCAUUUGACUCCAGAAAUGUGGCAGAGACUGAUUAUUUGGUUGUCACCAUUUGCCCCUGGAUUUUAGUUACAUGGCUCUCCAGAGUAAAGAAUUAUGUGGCUCCCCACAUAAAGGCUAUGUGACUAAAUUCUGGUUAGUGAAAUAUAAGUGGAAGUGUCUUUUGCUGUUUUUAAGAUCUGUCCCUAUGGUGGUAGUCAUGCUUCUCCUCUGUCAGCUUCUUGUUGGUUGGACUGUAGGUAUGACAGCUAGAGCUUGAGGAGCUGUCUUUGACCUCAGAUGAAAGACCCUUAUUGAAGAUGUUAGCGCAACAAGAUAGAAGCCUGAUCCCUGACGCUCAACAGCCACAACUUCCCUAGUUUGUAUGUCUUUGGAUUGCUUUUUAUUUUUAUUUUAUUUGGUAUCAUUAAUCUACA